UAUACAAAUAUAAAUAUCCUAACUGUAUCGAAAACACGUUUGAAUAAAAAAAAAAGACUUGCGGGCGAAAUAUCGAGCUAAAUAAUCGCAGGUGUUAAGAACCUUAACCAUGAAUGUAACCAUGAAAGGUAUGAUCAAAGAAUGUCAUCUUUUUCAUUUAAUUCCUUAGUUCAAUAAAAGAGUAUGGAGACAUUUUAUAUACAAAUAUAAAUAUCCUAACUGUAUCGAAAACACGUUUGAAUAAAAAAAAUAGACUUUCGGACGAAAUAUCGAGCUAAAUAAUCGCAGGUGUUAAGAACCUUAACCAAGAAUGUAACCAUCGUCAGAUAAGAUACAAACUUAUGAAUCUUUCAAAAUGGCCAGAUUGGCGUGUUCACUGUACUUACGAGGACGUAUAUCUUUGUCGUUGAUAAUAAGAGUGUUACAAACCGACCCUAGCUCAGUCACACCAAAGAACUUCUUGGAGUCAGAGAAAAUGACAGAACAUCACGAUAUCGAAAAAUACUUUCAAUUUAUCAAAGACUUGACGUUGGAAGCAGGGGAGAUAAUCAAGAAAGGCUUCGAAGAGAACAAGAACGUCAAGGCUAAAAGUGGCAUCUCGGAUUUUGUAACCGAUCAGGACAAAAAAGUCGAGGAACUCUUCAUCACGCAAAUAUCCUGCACGUUCCCUGAUCACAAAUUUAUAGGAGAAGAAACGGUUGCCGGUGGACCGCUUCCAGAAUUGACGGAUGACCCAACAUGGAUCAUAGACCCAAUAGACGGUACCUUGAACUACAUACAUUCGUAUCCACAAUUCUGCAUAUCGGUCGCCCUAGCGAUCUGUAAAGAACUAGUAAUCGGAAUCGUGUACAAUCCUAUCAACGGCGAGUUGUAUACCUCGAAAAAGAGCGAAGGCGCAUUCUUAAAUGGAAAGCGAAUAUGUACUACCACAGAAAAAGAACUGAAGAAUUCUCUGAUAUUAAUUGAGCCGGUAAAUGCUCACUGGUUCCCUCAUGGCAGUGAUAUCAGUCAUGCUCGAGUAGCAGCUCUCGUUGAUGCAACUCAAGGCUCGAGAUCUUCAGGAUCUGCGGCCUUGGAUUUAGCUUAUAUUGCCAGAGGCAUUGCAGACAUGUUUACUAUGGACUUCCUGAAGCCCUGGGACGUUGCUGCAGGAGUUCUAUUAGUUAGAGAGGCCGGUGGUACAGUAAUCGAUACAAAAGGUAAGCAACACAACCUCAUGAAACCCAACACAAUCGCGGCAGCUACUAAGGAACUUGCAUGUGAAACGUCCAAGUUAAUCGUAGACACGGAUUUAAAAACACAGCGGAAAAGGCUGAAGAGGACUUGAACGGAUCAUUACCCACCGAUUAGUUCAUUACGUUAUGCAAUUAUUUAAUCUUUACGAACAAGUUAUCGCACUGGAAAUCUAUGGGCGCUUUACUGGUUCCCGAGUAUCCUGGACAAGCAUUCUUCUAGCAUGAUCUUGUACAUAGCCUUCAAAGUUCGUCACGUUCACAGUAACAACCUCGAGAUAUUUAGUCAUAAAGACUCUGUCGUAAAUCUGUAAAAAUUGUGCCUGGAGGUAGACAAUUAAAAAUGCUUCGUUUUUCUGAGAAAAAAGUUAAACCAUGUAACGAUAUAAUGUUCUAGAAGACUAUGCUAUUAUGAAUAAAAUAUUACUUCAGAACACUU